AUGAUUACCGCCACGGAACCGCGGGAAUUUAUUCCACGAGGCCGUCAGGUGGCGGGCCACCAUCCAGGACCGGCUGUUUUUCAAGAGCAGCCGUAUUCCAGCUACCCGGCAGACUUUGUGCUGCUGCAGCGCAUGCAGAAUGUGAACAUUUCGCUCAACGACGAAGAUCCGGUUGAGUUCUACCGCCUGCGCGAAGUGCCGAUCGAGCAGGAUGACGCCAAACCGGCUCAACAGCAAACCGGACCGGCUCAUCUGGCCAUGCCGUACAUCUGCACCGAGGAGGAGCUGUACGUGCGAGGCCGUUCGGCCGUUUGGACACGCAGCACCAGCGAACACUGUACGCUUCCACACAUCUCGUUUACCAGCGAUAGUCCCAUCAAGUUCGCUUUCUUCGGUCCGCGUCAGUUUAACGUACCGGACACGUUGCCGCCCGGCACACUUGAGGCCAACCGCACCACCGUGUGUCUGAUGGAUAAGGAUACGCUGCACGUGUACUGUGAGGGAGGCGAGACGUACAAGGCGACAAUUCAGUGUCCGGUUUCGGCCGUGUGGAUUGUACCGGAUGGUAUCGUGCUUGAGCGGGAAUCCCUGCAACCGCAAGGAACGUCAACCGUGCAGGAACGAAUGCCGCGCCUUUUCACGCUAACGUUCCCGCUAGACGAUAUGAAGCCGGUACUACUGGCCGCCGGCGCUAGCGUUAGCUACCUAGACGAUCCGGAGUGCCACGUGGUGUUUACGAGCGAACAGCUCGCGCUAGUGCUGCUGUACUCCGACCUAUACGGGAAGCAUUUCAUCUGUCGAUACCGGCGUGUCACGAAGGAAGAACUACAGGUGGUGAACAACAUGCAGGAGUCCACUGGCGGAGAGCAAACCGAUGCGAGCUGUAACACCGCGAAUGAGAGCGUGUUUGCGUCGGCCAAUUUGGGCGAGCAUUCCGCGACGAAACCGACCAUCCGCACGGGCUUGUCCUCCGCAAGCUUGCAGUCGGUUGGGGCGCAUUCCGAGCGGCCAAAUCUGGCCAGCGCAAAUUCGUCGAUCAACUUGGGUCGGUUUGGGGUCGCCGGUGCACCCCAGUCGCUGCUGUCCCCGUUCCAAGCGGGGUCGUAUUCGUUUAGCGAGCAUUCGUCGCGGUUAGGCGAGGAUGUGACGUUUGGGAUGGACCGGAACGCUACCACCGAGCAGCUGGAUCCACGUGGUUUCGUAAUCGAACCCGAGUACACGCUCCAGCACGUGUGGACAGAUGAAGGACGAACCGCUACCGGACCCGGUGGUGUCCCGAUUCAGUUGUGGAGUGCGGCAAACGGCGAGAAAGCAUCGGAAGGGUUUCUCCACACGGAUCUGGUGGGUAACAAUUACCUCUGCUAUCUGCAACCACGUGCCGCCCGGCUUACCCUCGUACAGUAUGACGCGGAAAGUCUUGAAAUUCAUACCACACGCACCGUACCGGCUCGAUCGGCCGUUUCACUGGAGCGCCUUAACAUGAUCGUGUUGCUAGACCUUCACGGGAAGCUUGUUCUCUACAGUGGCCCAACGGCUGUGGGCAAGCUACAUCUAACUGGAUUGCCAACUGCUGGUCUCCAGAUGCCCGCCACGUUGCAAUCGCAGUCGGUCAAUUCCGGUCGCCUCGCAACCGGUACACCCAGCGCGAAAACAUCGUCACCGAUGGUUGGUGCAACGGUGGGUGAGGCGCUUCCACGCCGCAGCACAUUACUCCCACACGUGUCCGCUGGGGAUGGUAAGCUGGAGGAACAGCUGCAUCAGCUCUCACCUGUCCGGCCACUAUCAAGCGGAUCAGUCGGAUUUUCACCGCACAACACGACCCUCGACCACAGCCCGAUCGUGAAGCUGCGUGAUGCUACCGGUUCCCGGUUUACGCUGGUGCUUGCUAACGAGCGGAUGUUCCGUUUAGCGCUUGCUCCAGUUGCUGAGUCACGGCUUUUGCGUUGCUGCCUCACCGCACUGUUGCAGGUGGUUCCGGGUACGGUUGCGCAUGAGUUUAUCAUCCGCUGGUACGGUACACGCAACGUGCCAGGUACGCAGGCUGGUUUUAGCGCACAACAGGAGUGGGUUCUCUUUCGUCCGCUAUUUUUUGCGGCGUUAGGAAGGCCAGUUGGACCGCCUGAUCUAUAUAACUGCCAGUCGACGGGUUCGAGCGUUUCCGGUCCCGCCGGGGUUAGUUGUGCCGGUGGUGAGGAACCAAAAAAACGCCGGCGUGCUGAAGAUUCCAGUGGCGAAAGCAUCGACUGGGAGUAUUUGCUGCAUCACACCGAGAUGACUGAUGUGACUGGAAUGACAUUUACAAUUGACUUCGCAAGAACCGUGACUAAUGGACCGCACUACCAGAACCGGGAUCCUCACAGCCUGUUCCCAUUUAUCCUGGAGUUGAUGCAGAUAUUCCAUCUGCUGUAUGAAGACUGCAAGCUAGAUACGACUCGUGCCGAGGAGCAAUGCCUUCUAGCCGACAUCCUGCUGUGUCUCGCCAUCGACACUCGGUUGAAAUCCUACCAGCUGCACUAUCUGACCGACUUCCCUGAGCUAACCGACCGUUACCAAGCACACAAACGCUGUAUCAUUACGGAUACGGCCCUUCUCGAACGGCUGGCGCAAGUACCGGAUCCCCCACACGUGUUUCGCUUCAUCGAACGCAUGCUAAACGGAUUCGACGUAAAAGCGCCCUUUCCAAAUCGAAGCGGCAUCAAUGAGCGAACUACCGACAUGUUAACACUUGUGGCGCUUCUCUACCGUGUGGAGUCGGCCCGUGGAUGGGUCCAGAAGCGGCUUGUGGACGUGCUGACGCAGAAAUUCUUCGAUGAGCAGAGUACGCGCAGCCUCUGUUUGCGACCAUCCGAAUCCUCGAAGCUGCAUGAUGUGACGGCUGAUACCCUGUUGGCGUUCCUUGUCGAGCGUGGCUACACGCGGAAACACCUUGAACGCCUUCCGAUCGGCAUGCGGUUCGUGAUGAUGCAGUGUCUCGAAGGUUACCGGGCGUUUCUGAUUCACGGACAACGUGCGGCGUACUACGAGCUGUUAAUGCGACCGGAACUGCACGCACAUGGGCGGAGUAGUGGCCUCAAGCGGUGGAUGCCGAAUGGUGGUACCAAUACGAGCCCGGAAUUGUCACCAACGGUCAAGCUAAUGCCACAGUAUGGUCCCAUCAUGCAAUGGCAGCACGAGAUGAGCGACAUCGAGGUACGGAGCGCAACCGGAACCGGUGUUGGUGGUGGUACCGGUGCUGGAGGUACUGCCGCAGGUGGUGGAACCGGUGGGACUGGCACUGGUGGGACGAACACGCAAAAAGACGGCCUCCUGCGGCAGGAGAGCGAACCCGGGAUGAGUGGGCUCGACGAGGAAGUCCUUGAAUUGCUGUUCCCCGACGACAAGCGGAUUGAGGACGUGCGCGGAUUCUUGAACAGCUCCCAGCGUUUGCUGAUUAGCGUACCCCAACCAUCCAACAUGGCCGACCAUGACUUCCAGGAAGAGCAGGAGCGCCGUUUGUACGCGCUCUGUCUCCGCGCGAUGGCACUUCCGGUUGGUCGCGGAAUGUUCACCGUCAGCUCGAGCCGGCCAAUUGCGACACAAACCGUGCCGAUGCCACUGCUUUGUCUCGGCGGACGUGACACGAUCCGUGGCGCAACCGUCGAAUUCCUGCAGACUGAAAUUCCCGCCAACUUCUGGCUGUGGCCGUCGUUUCACAAUGGCGUCGCGGCUGGGUUGCGCAUCUGUCCGGACACACUCUGGCUCACGUCGUCCUGGAUCACGCACAAUCGGAAGGGUGGUGGGGAGCGUAAUAGUCACUUUCUCGUGGUCCAACAUGAUGGGUCUACCGAGCAUGGUGGAUUUUUGAUGGCCCUCGGACUCAGCGGACACCUGCGGAAGCUGUCACUCUACAGCACGUUCGAUUACAUGGUCCGUUCGGAAGAGAUGGUGCGGCUUGGGUUGUUACUCGGGUUGUCCGCGGCGUACCGUGGCACCUCGGAUCUUCUCAUGACGCGGUUACUUGCGGUACACGUGGAAGCGUUACUCCCACCGACCGCGGUGGAGCUGGAUGUGACACAAAACCUGCAAGUUGCCGCCCUGCUGGGUGUCGGAUUGGUGUACCUGCGUACCGGCAAGCGACAUAUGGCCGAGGUACUACUGCAGGAGAUUGGCCGCCCACCGGGACCUGAGAUGGAGAACUACGUCGAGCGGGAAUCGUACGCACUGACCGCGGGUUUGGCGCUUGGAUUAGUCACGCUGGGCAUGGGCGAGGAACUCUCCGCGUUGCAUGAUCUCGCCCUACCGGAUACGCUCUAUUACUACAUGAACGGUGGCUUCCGGCGUUCGAAUGCUGGCUCGCAGAAGGAAAAGUACCGCUUACCCUCGUUCCAGAUCAAGGAAGGUGGCAACGUGAACGUGGACGUGACAGCACCCGGUGCCACGCUCGCCCUUGGGCUGAUGUUCUUUGCCACCGGCAACGAAGCGAUCUCGCGCUGGCUCGAGCCCCCAACCACCAACUAUAGCCUCGGCUUCGUACGUCCAGAUCUCCUGCUGCUGCGUACCAUCUCACGCAAUCUCAUCCAAUGGAACGCGAUCGAGCCCACCCGGGCCUGGCUGGAGGAGCAAGUACCCCCAAUGUUGCGUUGUGCGGCCACCGACAAGCCCUCCGGCGAGGCAGAAGAAACCAUGCACUGGCCACGUGGUGCACCUACAACCACCGAGCGGCAACUCUACGGUCAAGCCUACUGCAGCCUCGUGUGCGGAAGUGCGGUCGCGAUCGGGCUCCGGUACGCCGGAACAGCCGAUCAGGAUGCGGCCGACACGCUCGAAUACUACCUGCACUACUUCAUCGAGCAGGGUGCGAGUCUGUUAGAGGAAUCACGAGCCUCGUCCACGCUCGUGGUGCGUCUUGCCGGUUGCCAGGCGAUCGAGAACUGCACCAUGAUGGUGUUGCUUGCGUUAUCUCUCGUCCUUGCCGGCACCGGCAGUCUGCGGGUGUUGCGAGCCGUACGAUUAUUGCGCGCACGUAUCACUCUGCCGCACGUUACGUAUGGUUCGCAGAUGGCCAUCCACAUGGCGCUUGGGUUUGUGUUUCUUGGUGCCGGUCGGUACACGCUGUCCCGUACACCAACGGCCAUCGCUGCCCUGCUGUGUUCCAUCUUCCCGAAGUUUCCCACCUACAGCAACGACAACCGGUAUCACCUGCAAGCGUUCCGGCAUCUGUACGUGCUCGCCAUUGAGCCACGGAUCUUUCUGCCACGCAACAUCGACACCGGUCACUUGUGUUUGUGCCGGGUGCGGUUUGCCAUGCGCCACCGGAAGGAGCCACCGGUGGAGCAGUUCGCUCCCUGUCUGCUGCCCGAGCUGGACACGCUCGAGUGGGUUGAGGUGUGCGAUGAGAGCUUCUGGCACUUCCGUUUCGAUCAUUCCAACUGGGAGAUCCUCGAGACACUCUUGAAGCGGUGUGGGCGCGUGGAUGUGAAGCAACAUAUCGGCCGGUUGUCGCAUCAGGAAGAUCCCUCCCGGCUCAUCAUGAGCCAGAUAUUGUCGAUCGCCACCCAGGACCAUCCUCAGUGGCACAUCGUCGCGGAUGAUUUGCUGCAGCUGGAGGGCCAACAGGCGGUUAUAAACACCACGCGGAAGCUGCUUAUGCCGCCGGACACGCAUUCCCUCCGGUGCCAAGUGGACCCGUUCGGAUUGUCCGAGAACGAGGAGGUGCUAAUCGAAGUCAGCACCCUUCCCGUGGCGGACUGCGUGAUGAAUGACCAUCUUCACGCGCUGCCGUUCUACCUCGAUCUCUUAAAGAUACUGUUGCACGUUUGUUUGGAAGAUUACCCCAUACCCUUGACCACUACCUGGCAACUGCGGUUGCUGCAGGUGGUUCUUGGCAAGCGGCAUCGACCACACGCCCGACCCGAUUCCCGGCCGCUGCUCGCCAUCAUCCCGUUUCAAUCGCUAGUGCAGCGCAUCGUGCAUAAUCUCGACAAGCUGCGUUUCCGCUACGAAAUUCUUCUGCGGCGAUAUCUGGGCGCGGAUAUGGCCCCAAACGACGAGUUGUCGCUGGUCGAGCAGCUGACUAUGCUGUGUUUCCGCGGUAACCAGCAGAACCAAGCUGAUCCGUCCCAUGACCCGUUGGAACUAGCUGAGCUGAUGCAGCUGAUCGUGGUGUACGAUCUGCCGUACUUUCUGAUCCCGAGAGGCACGUGGAAUCUGUGGGAUAUGGGAUGGACAAAUGACGAGCUUCGUAUGCUGAUUUUGAAUAGGUAUCCGGACAUGAUGCCGCUCACGGUGGAGUACAUUAUCGAACUUAUCCAGGCGCACUAUCAUGACGAGAUCACCGAUGUGCCGUUCCCGAUACUUUACCUUCAUCGAUAA